CUUUAGUCAUGUGUUUCUAGGUUGCUUAGCCGGGCUCGAUAGCUUAUUCAGUCUCAUUUAGCGAAUAGAUGUUUGCUUUUGGAUACAGCGCUCUGCCUGUCGCGGCGCGUUUGUUAUUCUCGGAGAGAAUAUCAACGCCGCUGGGAUCGGUUUUCUUCCACCUGAAACGAAAAAAGCGUGCAAGCGUCCUCAACGGAGCUCGUGAGAUGGGACCCCCAGGUUCAGAGGAUGGGUGCGUGGGGUGUGAGGGGUGCACGGAGCACCUGUACUGUGGAGGCGCUGCCACUGAGGUGCUGAAAUUCGGGGCACGGGACCUGCACCCCGCUAGCAGACUGCACAGCUCCCCCGGAGUGGUGUUCCUCCUCAUUCCAGGAAACCCGGGCUUGGUGGGCUUCUACAGGACCUUCAUGCAGACGAUCCACGAGGCGUUCGGCCGACGCCACCCCGUGUGGGCCGUCAGUCACGCCGGACACUGCGUACCUCCUGACUCCAUGCGCACGACGGCAGAUUGCCCCCGGAUGCAGAUCGAGGAUGUGUUUGGGCUGAACGGACAGGUGGAACACAAACUGGCCUUCCUGCGGGAGCACGUGCCCCGAGACGCCAAGCUGGUGCUGAUUGGUCACUCCAUCGGCUGUUACAUCAUCCUGGAGAUGAUGAAACGAGACCCGGAACUACAGGUGGUGAAGUCCGUGCUGCUGUUUCCCACCAUCGAGCGGAUGGCGGCGACGCCCCAGGGCAGGGUCAUGACCCCGAUGCUGUGCCGGCUGCGCUACGUGGCCUACGUGCCCGUGUUCCUGCUGUCCCUGCUGCCCCGGACCGUGAAGGCCGCCCUCGUGAAGAUCGCCCUGCGGGCGGUGGACUGCCUGGACCUGUCCAUCGUCCCCGCCACCCUCAGCCUCUUCAACAUGGACUGCGCAGCCAAUGGGAUGUACAUGGGUGGUCAGGAGAUGAGGCAGGUCCUGGGCAGAGAUGAUCCCACCAUCAGACAGAACCUGGACAAGCUGAUAUUUUACUACGGGGCGACGGACCGCUGGUGUCCGGUGCAGUACUACCAGGACAUCAGGGCGGACUUCCCGAGCGGGAACAUCCAGCUGUGCGGGAAGGGCUAUCGCCACGCCUUCGUCCUGGACGCCGGGAGAGAGGUGGCUGCCAUGGUGACCGAGUGGGUCCGUGACGCCGUGGAGAACUCAUAGUGUGCUGGCCCCGCCCGUCGCCCCCGCCCACUGGCGCCCGUAAAAAAUGCCGUACCGCAGGCUCUGAACGUUUUUUAAACCUCAAAACUCUCUCUUUCUCCUUUCCCCUGUCCUGUAACGAGUCUUAGAGUAUUGACCAGGGCUGCUCGACCGUGUUCCUGGAGAUCCGCUAUCCUGUAUGUUUUCACUCCAGCGGUUCCUCUCUUUUCCUACUGUAGACGCUGUCUCAUGCACUGUGUUUUCUACUGACUGUACCUGCUGGGGCCACGGGCACACAGAGGCAUAUGCACCUCUGUCAUUUAGCUCAGGUGCUAAGCAUAAAAAUUAUAUAAAUAAUAUGACAAUAGUGAUAAUACUUUUGAACGUAUAGCAUGUAUUACAUGAUAAUUACAACAAGAAAAGAAUACCAGCGCCCCACUAUUAGGUGUAUUUAUUCAUUUUAAUAAGUGGGCAAAAAAUGUACUAGUCUGCCGACAAAUUAAAUCUUCAGAAAGAUGUUUUUGUGAUGAGGCCCCCCCCAUGUUUCAUCAAUUUUAUAUUCUAGAUAUUUUUUUCCCCCGGGGACCUGAAUAUAGGAAACAUGAAUUAACACAAACUCUCUCUGUUUUUUUACAUUACAUUACAUUACAUUAUUGGCAUUUGGCAGACGCUCUUAUCCAGAGCGACGUACAGUUGAUUAGACUAAGGCCCAACGGCUGUGCGGAUCUUAUUGUGGCUACACCGGGAUUAGAACCACCGACCUUGCGUGUCCCAGUCAUUUACCUUUUACCACUACGCUACAGGCCGCCCCGUAUUUUUAAUUUCGCUAAAUGAUUGUGGUUGUGUAAUUUAAUAAAAAUAAAAGACAUGCAUUCAA